AUGAGUACUACGGGUUAUUAUGAGUUAUAUCGUAGAAGUACGCUUGGGGCCAGUUUGAUGGACUCAUUAGAUACAUUAAUCAGUGAUGGACGAAUUGAGGCGUCUCUAGCGAUGACGAUACUAGAGACCUUUGACAGGGUUAUAUCUGAUACCUUACGGGAUAAGACAACUUCAAAGCUGACAUUCAAAGGUCAUCUCGAUACCUACCGUUUUUGCGAUGACGUUUGGACGUUUAUAGUUAAGGAUUGUAUAGUGAAGCUAGAUGGACAAGAUCAAGAAUCAGAAUUGAAAUGUGAUAAACUCCACAUUGUUGCAUGUAACGCUAAAAAGAAUACCGAAUGA